UUCUUCGUUUUCCCUCAUGAUUGGGGUUUCGACAACUCUCUUUCCGACGUAUUAUUAUUGUACAAAUCUCCGUUGGUUCAUCUCCCCCAUCCCGCUCUCGAAUCCCAAAACUUGUCUCACUCCCUUCCUAUCUGUUUUGGAGUAUAAUCUCUCUCUCUCUCUCUCUCUCUCUCUCUCUCUCGUGGUUCGCCAAUUUUACCAGUUUAUCGCCGUCCGUUCUUCAGUUCCCACCAGUCAGAGGGCUCUGUCUCAACGCAAUUCAGCAAUUGAUUAAUCUGAUUACAUGCCCCAUCUUGUUCGAGAUUCACGUUAGGGUUUAGUCGUCAAAACUCCCGAGUAAUUCACGCGGGGAUUCGGAGUUUUUCGUUGUUGUUGUUGUUGUGUUGCUUUGUUUUCUAGGGUUUCGGGUGUUUGUUUUUGGAGCUGGGAUGAAUAGCGUUUUCAAUGAGCAGAUACUCUCAGACAAGCUUUCGAAGCUCAACAAAACUCAGCAAUGCAUCGAAACGUUGUCGCAUUGGUGUAUUUUUCACCAGAGCAAAGCAGAGCAGGUUGUUGCAACAUGGGAUAAAGAGUUCCAAAAUUCACAGAUGGUUCAAAAAGUUCGCCUUCUGUAUCUUGCAAAUGACAUCUUACAGAAUAGCAAGCGCAAAGGAAACGAAUUUGUUAAUGAAUUUUGGAAGGUUCUUCCAUCAGCACUCAAAGACGUCAUGGAGAAAGGCGAUGAUCGAGGAAAGAAUGUGGUAUCCAGAUUGGUUGGUAUAUGGGAAGAAAGGAGAGUUUUCGGAUCCCGUGCAAGGAGUCUUAAAGAUAUAUUGCUUGGAGAAGAAUUACCUCCACCCUUGGAGGUCAGCAAAAAACGUUCGCGUUCUGUCAGAAUUGUAAAAAGAGAUUCACGCUCCAUUAAAACGAAAUUGACAGUUGGAGGCACAGCAGAAAGAAUAGUUUCCGGAUACCAUUUGGUCUUCAGUGAACAUUCAACUGAAAAUUUGGAGAUGAGUAAAUGCAAGUCAGCUAUCCAACAUGUUAGGAAGAUAGAGGAAGAUGUGGAUCUGGCCUGUCGCAAAGCAAAGGAUCCUAAGCGAAAAACUUUGUCCAAAGAAUUAGAGGAGGAAGAAAAUGUUUUGAAGCAGUGUAUCGAGAAGCUUAAAGUAGUUGAAGCAAAUAGGAUAGCCUUGGUGUCUCAGUUACGAGAAGCGCUACAUGAAGAGGAAUCAGAACUGGAGAGUGUUCGCACUCAGAUGCAGGUAGCACAUGCUCAAGCAGAGGAAGCCAGCAAUAUGCGGAAGAGACUCGAUGACGAAAAUUACGUUGGAAGUUUCAAACAAUCGCCCGCGACCCCACCAUUGACAGAUGCAAAUUUGAAAAAGGGAUUCCAAGUUCCGAAGAAAUCUGCCUCAGCUAUUGCAGCUGAGGUUGCUGAUAAGCUUACAGCUUCGACCUCCUCUCAAUCCAUCAUGACGUCAGUUCUUUCCACAUUCGCAGCCGAAGAGGCAAAAAAUGCUGAGCUGGCAAAGUCUACUUCAGCACCUUCUUCAUUGCCAUCCGUGCCCAUCAACUCGUUCAGUAAUGUGCCAGCUCAGCUACAACCUAACACAUAUCAGUCAAUUAUGAUGCUUCCUAGUCCAUCCCAGCAAUAUAUGCAACCAUCAGGGGGGAUGGUGAGUUCAUACUCAUAUGGGAGCAUGCCACCAGUGCAGGCUCCACAUCCACCCCAUCCCAACAUGUAUAGUCCAGCGUACCCUUUGGCUCAACCACAGUUGCAGUCUCAACAACAGCCAUUUGUAUUAACACAGCAGAACUCCAUGCCAUUACCUCAGCCACAGUUGGGACCUCCAGGUUUCAGCCACCUGGGGCUUACUCAGCCUUCUGGGAUGGUUUACUAUGGGCACCCGAACCAUUCUCAUUGACCAUUCUUGUAGGUAGAUAGUCCAAUUAUUAUAUUUUGUUAUACAAAAUCCUGUUUUCUGGGAAUUUGUUUGAUUGCGGAAAGUGCCUUGGUUGGAUGAUUAGGUCUGAAGAACUCUGACAAUUAUCAUAACAACAUUUGGAAAGUAACUGGUGGUGCCUGUAGCGGUGUUUUUCUUAAUUUCGACUUCAGGCUGGGUUACAAGGACCAGUGGAUAAUCUUAUUGUCCAGCUACCUGUAAAAUGAUGGUUCUGAGAUCACAAUUUUGUUUUUGCAAAUCAAAACUGUUGAAGUAA